UAACGGCCUCACGCGUGCAAGGGAGAAGCGGGUUUGUUUUUGAAUCUGCGGAGGCGGCGGCAGUGGCAGCGGCGGCACAGCGACUGAAGCGCGCCAGACUGAGGCGGCGGCGUUGGGGACGGCUGCGCGACGGCCUGUAGGAAGGAACUUGGUUCCCCUGCAUCCUCUCCCGCCCCAAAAGGUUCAAUAUGGACAGUAUAGAAGAACCUCAGAAAAAAGUCUUUAAGGCUCGAAAAACAAUGAGAGUGAGUGAUCGGCAGCAGCUUGAAGCAGUAUACAAAGUCAAAGAAGAACUAUUGAAAACUGAUGUCAAGCUUUUAAAUGGCAGCCAUGAAAAUGGAGAUUUGGACCCAACCUCUCCUUUGGAAAAUAUAGAUUAUAUUAAAGAUAAGGAAAAGGUAAAUGGCAUUGAAGAUACUGGUUUUGGUUCUGAAGAAAGUAAAACAGAAUGGAAAGAAAAACCCUGUAUUCCACACGUUAAUGUAAAAAACAAGCCAGAUGAUGAUUUAAAUGAACCUUUGUCUCCUAAUAAAAUAACUCCUGAACCAGCCUCUAAACUAACCACUGAGCCAGCUUCUGGUGAUCUCGCCUCUAGUGAGCUGGCCACUGGAGAUUCAGCCUCUGGUGAUUCUACUUCUGGUGAUCUCACCACCAGUGAUGCAUCCUCUAGUGACCCUGCUUCUGGAGAACUUAGCUCUAGUGAUCCUGCCACUGGUGAUUCUGCCUCUGGUGAACUGCUUUCUGGUGAACCUGUUUCUGAUGAACCAGUUCCUAGUGAAAGAGCCUCUGGUGAACCAGCUUCUGGUAAUUGUGCCUCUGAUAAUCUAUCCUCUGGUGAUCCAGCUUCUGGUGAUCCACCCUCUGAUGGUCCUUCCUGUAGUGAAUUGGCCUCUGAUGAUCUGGCCUCUGGUGAACUGGCCCCUGGUGAUCUGGCCUCUGGUGAACUGGCCCCUGGUGAUCUGGCCUCUGGUGAACUGGCCUCUGGUGAACCGGCCUCUGGUGAAUUGGCCUCUAGUGAGCCGGCCUCUGGUGAAUUGGCCUCUAGUGAACUGACUUCUGAAUCAGCCUUUGAUCCCACCUUCGAACCAAGUUCUUCACCAGUUUGUGAACCAGUUGUUGAAACUGAGAGUACAGAACAAAGUAGCAGUAAAGAUAAUGAAUUUCUUGAAAAAAAUGAGGAUGAUGAAAAUUCAGGCCAAAUUCAGAAUAAGGACUCAGUUGAUGAGAAAAAGAAAGCUGAUAGUAAUGUUGAUAGUAAUGAAGAAACUCUAGAAACAGGUGAUACAAUGAUUUGUUCAGAUCUGACACCUGAAAAUGGGAAGAAGGGUGAAGAUCCUAUCACAGAGCUUGCUCUUGGAGAAGAGGCUAUAUCUAGCAGUAUGGAAAUUGACCCAGGUGAAAAGAAUGAAGAUGAAAAUUCUUCAGACCUUGUGGAGACCAUUAGUGAGAAUGUUAUACAAAGUGACAAAAGUGAGACUAUCUUAGAAAAUACUGAUUCUAUGGAGACCGAUGAAAUUAUUCCCAUUUUGGAAAAACUUGCACCUACUGAGGAUGAACUUACUUGCUUUUCUAAAGCAUCUCUCCUUCCAAUGGAUGAGACAAAUCCAGAUUUGGAAGAGAAAAUGGAAGUUUCUUUUGGUUCACCAUCCAAACAGGAAAGUAGUGAGAGUUUGCCUAAAGAAGCCUUUUUGGUCCUUUCUGAUGAAGAGGAUAUUUCUUGUGAGAAAGAUGAGUCUGAAGUUAUAUCACAAAAUGAAACAUGCUCUCCAGCAGAAGUAGAGAAGAAUGAAAAGGACAGCAGACCCGAGGAAGAAGAGCAAAUGAUAGAUGAAGAAGAUGAAAGACCUUCUGAGAAAAAUGAAUUUCCUGGAAGGAAACGUUCUAAAUCAGAAGACAUGGACAAUGUAGAGUCCAAACGUCGUCGUCGCUAUAUUGAAGAGGAGUAUGAGGCAGAAUUUCAAGUAAAGAUUACAGCCAAAGGAGACAUUAAUCAGAAGCUUCAAAAGGUUAUGCAGUGGUUGCUGGAAGAAAAAUUGUGUGCUCUACAGUGUGCUGUCUUUGAUAAGACUUUGGCAGAAUUGAAAACACGAGUGGAAAAGAUUGAAUGUAACAAGAGGCACAAGACAGUUCUUACUGAACUACAGGCCAAGAUAGCCAGGUUAACCAAACGUUUUGGAGCAGCCAAAGAAGAUCUUAAGAAAAGACAAGAGAAUCCACCAAACCCACCUGUAUCACCUGGAAAAUCUGCAAAUGAUAUCAUCAGCAGUAAUAAUAUGGCCUACAGAAAUGCAAGCACAGUAAGACAGAUGUUGGAGUCCAAAAGAAAUGUAGGUGAGAGUGCACCACCAUCUUUUCAAACUCCUGGGAAUACAGUAUCUUCAGCCAGUCUUGUCACUCCUCCAGCAGUUGUCACUAGUCAACCUAAACUGCAGAAUCCAACAACCUCAUGUGCUCAAACAGCAACACCUGUUCUUCCUGCACCCAAUACAGCUACAGUAGUUGCAACUACUCAGGUGCCUACUGGAAAUCCUCAACCUACAAUUUCUUUACAACCUUUGCCAGUGAUUUUGCAUGUUCCUGUUGCAGUAUCCUCCCAGCCUCAGCUCCUGCAGAGCCAUCCAGGGACUUUAGUAACCAAUCAGCCAUCUGGCAAUGUUGAGUUUAUUUCUGUGCAAAGCCCACCUACAGUGAGUGGUCUUACCAAAAAUCCAGUAUCCUUGCCAUCCUUGCCAAAUCCUUCUAAACCAAACAACGUUCCUUCUGUGCCCAGUCCUAGUAUUCAAAGGAACUCUCCAGCCGGUGCUGCACCAUUAGGAACAACACUUGCUGUACAGGCUGUUCCGACAGCACACUCUAUUGUGCAAGCCACAAGGACUUCUUUACCUACAGUGGGCCCAUCAGGACUGUAUAGCGCAUCGAAUACUCGAGGUCCUAUACAGAUGAAAAUUCCAAUUUCUGCUUUUAGUACUUCAUCUUCUGUGGAACAAAAUAGCACUACCACCCCAAGAAUUGAAAACCAGACAAACAAACCAAUAGAUGCUUCUGUUAAUAAGAAAGCAGCUGAUAGCACAGCACAGGGUGGAAAAGCCACUGGCAGUGAUUCAGGUGGUGUCAUUGAUCUCACAAUGGAUGAUGAAGAAAGUGGAUCUUCACAAGACUCCAAAAAAAUCAGUCACACUCCUGUAUCAACCAUGGGUUCUUCUCAGCCCAUGUCUCGACCAUUGCAACCCAUACAACCAGCACCACCUCUUCAGCCAUCUGGGGUGCCGACAAGUGGACCUUCUCAAACUACCAUACACUUACUACCUACAGCUCCAACCACGGUGAAUGUAACACAUCGUCCAGUAACUCAGGUGACUGCAAGACUCCCUGUACCAAGAGCUCCUGCAAACCAUCAGGUGGUUUAUACAACUCUCCCAGCACCACCAGCUCAGGCCCCCCUGCGAGGAACUGUUAUGCAGGCUCCUGCUGUUCGUCAGGUCAAUCCUCAAAAUAGUGUUACUGUUCGCGUGCCUCAAGCAACCACAUACGUUGUAAAUAAUGGACUAACCCUGGGAUCAGCAGGACCUCAGCUCACAGUGCAUCAUCGACCACCACAAGUGCAUACUGUAAAUGAGCCCCCGCGCCCUGUGCACCCAGCACCCUUACCAGAAGCCCCACAGCCACAGCGUCUGCCCCCAGAAGCUGCCAGCACAUCUCUGCCUCAGAAGCCACACUUGAAGUUAGCACGAGUUCAGAGUCAGAAUGGCAUUGUACUGUCAUGGAGUGUCCUGGAGGUGGAUCGAAGCUGCGCUGCUGUUGAUAGUUAUCACCUCUAUGCCUACCACGAGGAGCCCAGUGCCACUGUGCCCUCACAGUGGAAGAAGAUAGGGGAAGUGAAGGCACUCCCCUUGCCCAUGGCAUGCACUCUUACCCAGUUUGUGUCUGGCAGCAAGUACUACUUCGCAGUCCGAGCCAAGGAUAUUUAUGGACGUUUUGGACCUUUCUGUGAUCCUCAGUCAACUGAUGUGAUCUCUUCUUCCCAGAGCAGUUAAACCUUGGAGCCUUUAUCUCUUCCUGUUUCAGAAGUUCCACUUUUUAGUCUUGUUUUUAAUCUUGUGCAUGAUGAUACCCAAUGUAAAAUCCACAUUGUGCAAGAUUUCUUGGACUGAUGUGUGUAUACACUACAUUUGUUUAUAACCAGAAGCAGAAUAAACUCAGCCUAUAAAGCAACAA